AUGAGUUUUGAUUCUUGUCGAUCUUCCUCUGCUAAUUCCAGUCGAAAAUCGAAGAGAAGCUUGAACAAUUCGAAUUCUUCAAAUAACAAAAAAAGCAAGCAAAAAACCCUAGGCAUGGCUUGGGGUGCCAAUUCUCUCUCCUCCUCUCGCUCCUCCUUUCGCAACUCUCCCUUUUCCAAUUUCAGCAGUUAUAUGGCAGAGAAGAAUAGGAAGCUUCAACACCAGUUUGAGGCAGAGGCUUCCACUUCUUCCCAUAAUGGUUCGAGUUCCGGGAACCUGAUUUUUCAAGGAGUCUCUAUUUUUGUAGAUGGUUUUACAAUUCCUUCGAACCAGGAACUGCGAGCUUACAUGUUGAAGUAUGGUGGGCGAUUUGAGAAUUACUUUUCUAGGCAUCGAGUUACGCAUAUAAUUUGUAGCAAUCUUCCCGAUAGUAAAAUCAAGAAUCUGAGAUCAUUUAGUGGCGGGCUUCCAGUGGUCAAACCUGCAUGGAUUUUAGAUUCUAUUGUUGCCAACAAACUUUUGGGUUGGGUUCCUUACCAGCUUGACCAGCUUGCCAAUAACCAACCAAAAUUGUCAGCCUUCUUUACCAUGAAAGGUAACCCAAUCCCGGAGAAUGUUUUGACUGAUGAAGCUUGUCAAGUAAAUCUGGAUCCAUUUUUUAAGGGUGGCACACCACGGGAUGCAAAUAUAUCUGAAGUAGGUGAACCCAUGAGAGAUACUGAGCAAGUGGACAAACUAUUUGAUGAUCCUAAGCUUCAGCUUGAGGAGCCAAAUAGCAGUAGUGGAAAAUCAUCAGAAGUAAAGAUUGAAGAACCUAGUAGUAGUGAUGCGGAAGAUGGAAACAGUGUAAACAACAACCAUCAGUCUAGUCCAGAUCAACUUUCUGCUUCAGUUAGUGACCAUUGCUUACUCAAUCAAAGUAUGAAAGAAUCACCGAGUUCAGAAUCUGUCGGGCCUUCAAAUCAACGCCAUUCAACUCUUGGGGAUCCCAAUUUCGUGGAGAAUUACUUUAAGAGCUCAAGGCUGCACUUCAUAGGAACCUGGAGAAGUCGGUACCGUAAGCGUUUUCCUAGCUCAUCAAGCGACUUUAAGUGCAGAAGCUCAGAUCUCAUCACCUCUGAUAAUUCUCAGAAGUCUACUAUUAUCCAUGUUGACAUGGACUGCUUUUUUGUUUCUGUAGUCAUUCGGAACCAUCCAGAGUUACAUGAUAAGCCUGUAGCUGUAUGCCAUUCUGACAACCCAAAAGGAACAGCUGAAAUUUCAUCAGCAAACUACCCUGCCCGAAAUUAUGGAGUUAAGGCUGGGAUUUUUGUUAGAGAUGCCAAAGCUCUUUGUCCGCACCUUGUCAUCUUUCCGUACAAUUUCAAAGCUUAUGAAGAAGUAGCUGAUCAGUUAUAUAACAUCCUGCAUAAGCACUGCAACAGAGUGCAGGCCGUAAGUUGUGAUGAAGCAUUUUUAGAUGUCACAGAUACAGAUGUGGGAGAUCCUGAGCUUUUAGCUUCAACAAUAAGGAAAGAGAUUUUUGAGACCACAGGAUGCACUGCAAGUGCUGGGAUAGCUGGGAAUAUGCUCAUGGCUCGACUUGCCACCAGAAGUGCUAAACCUGAUGGUCAAUGCUAUAUCCCUUCUGAAAGGGUGGAUGAGUAUCUACACAAACUUCCAAUUAAGGCACUUCCAGGAAUAGGGCAUGUUUUGGAGGAGAAAUUGAAGAAGCGAAAUGUUUGGACUUGUGGACAGUUAUGCUUGAUAUCCAAGGAAUCUCUUCAAAAGGAUUUUGGAAAGAAAACUGGAGAGAUGUUGUGGAACUAUAGUAGAGGAGUAGAUAAUCGGCUGGUUGGUAACAUUCAGGAAAGCAAGUCAAUAGGUGCUGAAGUCAAUUGGGGUGUCAGGUUCAAGGAUUUGCAAGAUAGUCAACAUUUCCUAUUAAAUCUUUGCAAGGAGGUUUCUUUACGUUUGCAGGGAUGUGGAGUGCAAGGGCGCACUUUUACUCUUAAGAUAAAGAAGAGAAGAAAAGAUGCCGAUGAGCCUGCCAAGUAUAUGGGCUGUGGGGAUUGUGAGAAUCUGAGCCACUCCAUGACAGUUCCAAUUGCUACUUAUGAUGUCGGAGUUCUUCAAAGAGUAACAAAGCAGCUCUUUGGGUCUUUCUGCUUGGAUGUCAAGGACAUUCGGGGUCUUGGCUUGCAAGUUUCCAAGCUUGAAAAUACAGACCCUUCUAAACAAGGGCUUGAAAGAAACUCUCUGAGGUCAUGGCUCACCUCUUCCUCAGGAAUUACUGGAAAAGGAUGUAGCAUCAACAGUAUGGCUAAAGAGAGGGCUAGGAUAGAUUCUGAGGUGCAGAAUAUAAAUGGAAGUUCAGGCCAAUUAUUUCCUGAUCAGACUGGGUUUUCUGCUCAAAUGGACAACAAUUCAUUAAGCGGUGUUUCAGAUCCACCACCUUUAUAUCAUCUUGAUAUGGGAGUUGUUGAGAGUCUUCCACCAGAACUUUUUUCGGAGUUAAAUGAAAUUUAUGGAGGGAAGUUAACAGAUUUCAUUGCUAAAAGCAGAGUUGCAAGUGAAAACAUCAACAUUUAUUCUUGCACCUCUUCAGCUGAAGGGAAAGAGCUUGCAGUUGAUGGUGGCAAGGGACCUCUUGCAUCUGACAUGAUUCCCCUUGAUGUUAUAAUGGUGGAAAAUAGCGCAAAGCAGCAUACAAGUAAGGAAGCACAAGCAGGACCUUCUCGGGCUGGAUUGCAGAAUGAGGCCAAUUGCUCUGUAAGCCCUGGAAAUACUGAUUUAAUGCCUUCAUCUCUAAGCCAAGUGGAUGUGUCAGUGUUGCAACAAUUGCCAGGAGAAUUGAGAGGUGACAUACUUGGACAGCUUCCUGCACACAGAAAACAAGAGUCAACUUCUAAUGCUGAAUUGCACCCUCUUUCAGAAAAUCUUGAGGGAUCUUUGAAUAUUAAAAUUACUGAGAAUCAACCAAAUUCUAUUGCCUCUGUUUUAAAUACGAAUCUUUGGAUUGGGAGUCCCCCACAAUGGGUUGAUAAGUUCACAGUCAGCAAAUGCUUGAUAUUAAAGACUUUGGCACAGUUGUAUUACAAACUGGGAUUAUCUGGUAGUCUAUCUCCUAUACUGCAGUGCAUAAUUUCUGAAUGUCUAUAUCCUUCGGAUGAUAGUGAUGCAUGGGGUGAGGAAGCUACUUAUGAUUUGUGUGAGCUUUUCAAGCAAUAUGUUAAAAUAAAGAUGGAACUAGACCUCGAAGAAGUUUAUGUUUGUUUCCGUCUUCUUAGAAGGUUGACGACCAAGUCAAAAUUUCUCUUACACGUGUACAAUAUUGUCUUUCCUUACCUUCAGACAUCUGUUGGAGAAAAUUAUGGAGGAGAUUUGCAUAUUUAA